CAGCGCCUGAUCAAAGAUGGAUCUACAAAUCUCAGUUUUUCUUCUGUUCGCUCUCUUCACUGCAGUACACUCUCUCAGCUGUUACCAGUGCACAAGUCUGUCGAGCACUUGUCCACAGACAACAUGCUCCGAUGGAGUUACCAGCUGCAUCAGUGCAUCAUUAUAUUUAGGCAAUGGUUCUAUAAUAACCGCUAAAAGUUGUGCUUUACAAAUUGGCUGUCCAAGUGGAUCCAUCAACCUUGGCAUUGGAAGGAUUGCUUCUACCUGCUGUGACGCAAAUCUCUGUAACUCCCUAGACGCUCCAGAUCCCCCUACUGUCCCCAAUGGAAAUAAAUGUUUCUCUUGCAUUGGGGAUAGCUGCUCAAACUCAGUGAACUGUUCAGGGACUGAAGACCGCUGCUUUAAGGCAACAGGGAACUUCCAAAGCCAGCCAAUAGCUGUAAAAGGGUGUGUCUCUAAAUCUAUUUGUGAUAUUGUCUCAGUAUUUGAUACAUUUGUUGGUGGUGUGUCGUGUUGUUCAGGGAACCUGUGUAACAGUGCUCAGAGCGUCACUCAGAGCUUCCUGUUCCUCUGCUGUUCUCUGCUCUCCUUCAUCCUGCUGCACUGAAUCCAGCAGAUCUUCACAUUCUGCAGCAAAGAUACAACAUGAUGUGCUUUACAAACAUAUAGUUGUAUUACAGUAUCUCUGAACUGUCUUUGAUUUGGUGUGAUGAAUUAAAAAGGUUAUGCUACUGGUAAUUUAAAUAUGGUCGAAAAUAUGGUCUGUAAUUUUAUGGUGGAAACAAAUCAGAUCUAUGUAAGACCUUUGCAGCUUUAUGUAUUUUGCUCUAUCGGUGAAGUGUUUAAUGUGUAUUCAUGAUCUUGAGCUGAAGGGUAAAGGUGAUAAAUCUAUAACUAAAUGUUACAUGAAGGUCUGCUGGUGCACAAUGUCUUAACUAUGCAAUGCAGUUUUUCUUACCCAUAUUUUUGUAUGCUUAAAAUAAAACGACUGAUUUAAUUGAA